CCAUUAGGCUCUUUCAGACCAGGCGCGUCUCCGAGAACUGAAUUGAAUGGGAAAGAGCGGGGCCGCCUUUGUCAUUAAUCCUCCCCCACCCCCUCGGCGAGCCAAGCUUCUUCCGGGUCAGCGACAAUCGCCGCCACCCCAGUCGGGCCCGCGGUCCCCCGGCACCGAGAGCCCCUGGGCGCGCGAGGGCCGGGCUGCCGCGGCGGGCAGGUGGCGGGCGGGGAGGAGGGCGGGCAGCGCGCGAGUGGGGGAGGGAGGCGAGCCGGGGCGGGCGAUCGGAGCAGCGGGAGGAGCAGAGAGCAGCCUCCGGCAGCUGGCGAGGAGAAUGGGAGUGCGGGGCCACCGGCCGCCGCGGGGUAUCACGGCCGCGGCCGAGCCUGCCAGGCGCGGAACCGGCGCCCGCCGCUUUUAAACCCCAGAGGGCGCGGCGGUAGCGGCGGGCGGAUCUCGACACGCGCGGAACGCCCGGGCGGCGGCCGGAUGGAGAGGAAGGGUUCGGCAGCCGGGGCCAAGGGGAACCCGAGCCCGCCCGCGGCCGGAGAGGGGCAGCGGCCCCCGCCACCGCUUUGCGCCCCGGGCGGCGGCGGGGCCCCAGCGCGGGGCCAGGCUGGGGCGGCGGCCGAGUCCGCAGAGCUCAUCCGGCGCGCGCACGAGUUCAAGAGCCAAGGGGCGCAGUGCUACAAGGACAAGAAAUUCCGCGAAGCCAUCGGCAAAUACCACCGGGCAUUGCUGGAGCUGAAGGGGCUGCUGCCGCCCCCCGGGGAAAGGGAGCGGGACUCGCGCACGGCCUCCCCGGCCGGGACCCCCAAGCUCGGCCGCCUGUCGGACGAGCAGAGCAAGACGGUGGAGGCCAUCGAGGUGGACUGCUACAACAGCCUGGCAGCCUGCCUGCUCCAGGCUGAGCUGGUGAACUAUGAGCGAGUCAAGGAGUACUGCCUCAAGGUCCUGAAGAAGGAAGGGGAGAACUUCAAGGCCCUGUACCGGUCUGGCGUGGCAUUCUACCACCUCGGGGACUACGACAAAGCGCUCUACUACCUGAAAGAGGCGAGGACCCGGCAGCCAACAGACACCAAUGUGAUUCGGUAUAUCCAGCUGACAGAGAUGAAGCUCAGCAGGUGCUCCCAGAGAGAGAAAGAAGCCAUGUAACCAGGAGGCCUCUCCAGAGCCGUGCCCUCGCCGGACCAGGGACAUCCAGGCACCUCCUGUGGAGAGCCCUCCCCGGGUCCCGCCCCUCCUCACUUCUCCCAUCUCCCCUUCUUCCUCCUGUUGUCCCCCAACUCUUCGUCUGCAUCCAGUGUGAAAAGAAGGAGAGAAGCACAUUUGGAAUCUGGUGGGGUACCCGGGCGACGGAGACACCCCCUUCUUUAGAAGGUCAGCCAGUGACCGAGAGGGGCCUAACUUCCGCCUGGAAAUGCCAUCGCGGCUUUGACCUUGGCCAGCGCCUCCAACAGAGGCGGAGCCUGGCAGGUGCACCAUCCCAAAGGCAGCAGACAUGGAGCCCGUGGCCUGGACCCUUCUGCAGCUUUCUGACACACCAGAGCGUCUCAAGGCAUCUGAGACAAUCAGGCAUGGGACAGACACCGGAAGCAUUGGCCACGCCAACACAGAGACCAUGAACUGGUACACUGGAGUUCCCCCACUCCCCCAGUCACUUCAACCCCUGCUGCCCCCCCCCCCACUUGUCUUGGCUUGUGUGUUCUUCCCCCCACCUUGGGGAUCCGAGACUGCCAGGAUUCACAUGCCACCAAGCCCACUCUCAGUGCCCUCUGGUGACCACACAUACCAUUCCCAUGACUCCCAGCCAGCAGGCAGCUGACAACAGCAGGGCAGGGUGAAGUGGGCCUCGAGCUGGGGCGGAGAAUCCACACAGAUGAAGGGAGGGAGGUGUGGCUGGGGGAAGAGCAUAGCAUCGUAUAGGCUGAAGGAUUUGACUGUGGACUAAUUGGGUGUAAAUAGAAAUAAAUUCGCAGACACAUCCCUGUCGUGUCUGUUGGAAGCAGCCUUCUCCCUCACGUUUACUCCCUCCCCCAACUCCCUCAAUCAGAGCUACUUAGAGCCAGGCAGGAUGGGGCUUCCCCCAAAGCAACUGGCCAUUUGUCCAGUGUUGACUGCAGCCUUUGUGCUUUUGAGAGUAGACUGGGAUUGUGGAGACCGCCCAGAGGCUUGGUUUUGUGGGAACGUGUACAGCCUCUUGUUGAUGAAGUUAUCUGGACUGACUCUCUCGCAUGCAGAACGAGUUCAACAAAUAUUUGUUGAAUAAAUCGUGACUGCAGACUGGCUCUCCUGCCUUAAACUAAUCUUAUCCCAGUCGAGUCUCCUGAAAUCUAUGCUCUUUAUGCUAUGCCGUGUUGCUUCAGUUAAACAAGAAACAUUUACUGAGGGCUUUUUGUUUGCCCGUGGUUGUGCAAUUCGCUGUGGGACGUAGGAUGUAGUCCCAGUCUUCAAAGAGAUGGAAGAGUUGAGAAAUGCUAAUUUGAGAUUAUUACCAAUGACACCUUUGAUUUAUAUGAUGCUUAAAAAUUUUCAAAGCACUUUCAUGUAUUUUUCGUGUGACUAGUGAAAAAGACAAUAUUGUACAAAACUAAACUAUAUACAGAUGCAAUAAUGUUCAUAGUUAGGAUUUAUUAAAUGCACUAUCUUCAGAUCUUUACAUGUACAAUCUCAUUUCUUUCACGCAGUUGCUCUGUGGAUAUUAUUCCCAUUUGAUGGACAAGAAAACAAAAAUGAACUACCCAGAGGAUGUGUGCCCUUGAAAUGGUGCCAGUGGGAUUUGAAUCAGGCCUCCUUGACUCCAGAUCCCUCGCUGGUACCUACACUGUAUUAGUUGCUUCUUCAUGCGUAUUAUGUGGGGCAGUUACAACUGCUUAAGAGCAGGACCCUGUGGAUGAGGUUGAAACGCAUUCUCCAUAUCAAUAGCAGCACCUGGGCCUCCUCAGUAUUUACCUACCCAAGGCAGGGAAAAAAAAAAAAAAAAAAAAAACAA